CCAACGAACACCAGAAAUACAGUUUUCUUUCAAUACUGCGUAAAAGAGAUAAUGGCACGGUUACAUAAAUCAGCAUGCCAAAAUAUCAUUUUCAUUUUUUCAAACACAAGAAGUCAUAAUUAUGGACCGGGAGAUACCUUACCUGGAGAAUGAUACAUACAAUUAAUGAAGAAUUGACAGAUGUUGAAAUCAAACUGCAUAAAGAUACUAAUAUCUUUUGUUUUGAUAAUGAAAGUAUUAAGUACUUAGUAGCAAAAUACAAAAACGUGAACUUACAAACCGAUGUAAUGAACCAUUAUAAGCAGAGUUGGGACGUUUCAAAGAAAGAAUUUAUACGGUUAAUUGAAUACGUUAGUAAUCUGGAGCCGCAUGAUCCAAGGAAUAGUGUAAGCCUUAAUAAAACAAGAGGAUUGAUUUCCGAUAUUCUUAAACCUCUAUCAGAUGUCUCAGAUAUUUUGCAAGAAAACAUACAGAAUUUAAAUAAAGCUGAAGAAGAAAUAAAACAAGCAAAAAAAAUGAUAAAAGAAUUGGGAGAUAAAUUAUAUGUAACAGAAAUUGAAUUAGAAAUAAUUAAGUUGGAAAAUCCAACCAAUAUUUGUACCAAUUCCACCUGUGCCACCCUAGAAACUAACAGUGAUGGUGUAAAGAAAUGGAAUUUCAACAAAAGAUGUCACGAAGAAUGCACUUGGGUGGGAAAUCUGAUAAAAGAGGAGAGUAUUGGUCACUGGGGUCUUUUUUUCUGUUCUCAAAUUCAAUUUUGGGAUGGGACGUGCAAGACAUGCAAAUGUUCAUAUAAACAGCAUAUGAUAAUUUUUUAUGAAACUAAAAAACAUUAUAAAAAAGUGUUGCUUACUGACAUUAAAAAAGAUUUUGAUUCUAUAGAAAAAAAAUUGAUGCUGAUCAAUAUAAUCAGCAGGUACUUAGACAGCGAAAAGAGGAAUUACAAAAUGAGCUCGAUUUUGCAGCACAAUGUGCAGCAAAAUUUGCAAUUUUUAUAAAACAUAAUGCUAUCGCAUCUGUAAAUGAUGCAUACGAAGGGUACAUCA